GUUGAGAAUGAGCCACACAAAGAUGAUGAUGAUGAUGGAUGGAUGGAUCCCUCCUACAAAUUGCUAGAUGCUAGAAAGAAGUCUAUUAGAGAGAUAGAGAGAGAGCUUAUAUCACAGUCAAAAGUCAGAGACUUCAAAUUUAAUUUCGAAUUUUGAAAUCCUGCCUCAUCAUCCCAUUGUAUUGUAAUCCACAGUAAAUGCUUGGAGAAAGGAUCUUUUUUUGUUUGUUUCUGUUUUCCCUCUGUCACCCAGUAAAAGAAAAAAAGCAACAUCACAUACACUCUGAAGAAAGAAAGAGAGAGAACCCUAGAAAACUUUUUUUUUUCUUCACCAUUGUUGAUUGAUGGAUGAGAAAGCUUAUUCACACUUCAUUUCUUUGCUUUUGGUGAGAGAAUGAAACAGAGAAGAAGAGAUGAAGAAAAUUAAAGUUCUUUCCUUUUCUCUUUUGGAUCUAAUUUCAUCUUGAGAUUUUCUCAUAGCUUGAUACUAAAGCUACAUAAAAAACAAUUAGGUGAAAUGAAAGUUUGUGUGUUUUGAUAAGUUUUCAGAGAUUUUCGGUUGCAUGUUGUUAUCUUGCUCUUGAAGUCUAUCGAACCCUUUUAGAUUCUGAUUUUGUUCUCUUCUUAUCCCUCCUCCUAUAAGUUAGCCAUUUAGGGUCCCCAUCGAAUUUUACUAAGUUAAAGUCAGAGUCUUUUUGGUUAAGCUAUGGAUCGAAGAGACGCAAUGGCGUUAUCCGGGUCGGGUUCUUACUAUAUCCAAAGAGGAAUCCCCGGUUCUGGUCCUCCUCCUCCUCAAACUCAACCAACGUUUCACGGAUCACAAGGAUUUCAUCAUUUCACCAAUUCCAUCUCUCCUUUUGGGUCAAACCCAAACCCAAAUCCAAACCCUGGAGGUGUCUCUACUGGAUUCGUGUCUCCUCCUUUACCCGUUGACUCUUCUCCGGCUGAUUCGUCAGCGGCGGCGGCGGGAGCUUUGGUUGCUCCUCCUUCAGGUGACACGUCUGUGAAGCGGAAGAGAGGACGGCCUAGAAAAUAUGGACAAGAUGGUGGUUCUGUUUCGUUGGCAUUGUCUCCUUCUAUCUCCAACGUUUCCCCGAACUCUAACAAACGUGGCCGUGGAAGACCUCCUGGCUCCGGCAAGAAGCAACGGCUAUCUUCCAUUGGUGAAAUGAUGCCUUCAUCAACUGGGAUGAGCUUCACACCGCAUGUAAUCGUAGUUUCCAUUGGUGAAGACAUUGCUUCAAAGGUUAUAUCGUUCUCGCAUCAAGGUCCACGAGCGAUAUGUGUCUUAUCCGCAAGUGGUGCUGUCUCUACUGCAACUCUUCUUCAGCCAGCACCUUCUCAUGGAACUAUUAUAUACGAGGGUCUAUUCGAGCUCAUAUCUCUCUCAACUUCUUAUCUGAACACAACUGACAAUGACUACCCAAACCGCACUGGAAGUCUAGCGGUCUCACUUGCUAGCCCCGAUGGUCGUGUCAUUGGUGGUGGAAUUGGAGGUCCUCUAAUAGCAGCAAGCCAAGUCCAGGUCAUUGUUGGCAGCUUCAUUUGGGCAAUUCCGAAAGGGAAGAUUAAAAAACGUGAAGAAACUUCUGAAGAUGUCCAAGAUACUGAUGCUUUGGAAAACAACAACGAUAACACAGCAGCAACGUCACCUCCUGUUCCUCAGCAAAGUCAGAACAUUGUUCAGACUCCUGUAGGCAUUUGGUCAACUGGUUCAAGGUCAAUGGAUAUGCAUCACCCCCAUAUGGACAUUGAUCUAAUGCGUGGAUGAUUCAUGUAUAUAUAAGCAUUGAAUCUAGGAGAAGAAGAAGAAACUUGAGCUAACCUCCCUGAAACAAAGUAGUCUAUUGGUAUUGUUUAGGAAAGAAAAAGACAAUUAGUAAGUUUAGGAAUUUCUGCGUGUUUUCGAGCUUUCAGUUAGUUGAUUUGGUCUCUUGACUUGUUAUGAAUGGGAAAAAAAAUUGCUUGUUUCUUAUACGUUUUAGCAUUCUACAGCAUACAAUCUGUUUUAGCAGGAAGUCGUCGGAAGAAAUUAAUAGGUCCAGGAGGUGUCUUACCCCUGAAUCUUGGAGGUCUCAUGAUGUAUAGUCCGGCGAGAAGAACAAAAACCUUAAACGGCACAACAUACAAAACGACAGUAGAAACCAAACAAAGCACCAUGAAGAUCGAAGUUGCUCUUGGAUCUCUCCAGCUUAACAGAGCCUGAACUCGUUCUCCUUGACCUGCUAUAUCUCCCACAACCGUUUGAGCUCUACUAGCGAUACUCCUUAACCGCUCGUACCGCAUUUUUACAAUCCCCGGGUCUUGAGACGAAAAAGGGAAGGUAUCGAACUCUUCGUUAAGCUCUUCCGGGUGGAUAUUGUCUGCAAAUGAUAGUCUUGUGUCCAUGUGUGGAGGUUGUCUUGGACGGAGCCUGUAGUUCCAUACCCCAAGCAUGAACAAGCAAAGAGACAUCACUGGAAGAAUCAUCUCCGGCGAACACACUAACACCAAGAAGAUUAUAUGAAUAGCUGUAGUUUCUACCGGUUUCUUCCACCUGCAGAUAUCUUGAAACCAUUCUCCGGUUCCUAGUAAACCAGAGAAAACAGAACUCAAUCUGAAGAGAUUUGCACGGCUCUUCCUCAUGCUCCAUAAAUGCGAAUUUGAAUCCGAAAUGUAUUCAACUACUUCUUUUCUAAGUGGCGGCUCGGCUCUACUUAACCGAGCUGCCACUAAGUUAACCGCAUGCUGCCUAAGAAUCUCCUGCUGCACUACUUUCAACGGUCUUGCGUAAUGCAUCUUGGGAAGAAGCGGUUUCCAGUACUGCAUUAGCAUCUGAAACAUCGAUGAGCAGGAAAACCUAAUCGCUAAAUGCAACUCCCCCAUUUUCUUUAAACCUGAAGGUCGAAGAACAAGAAGCGGAUACGAGUGACUGUAGAUCCUUCCGGCUUCGAGAGUCGAGAUUCUAACUCUGAUUUUCCCAAUUUUCCCAUCUCCUUUGUUACCAUUACCACUAUUGAUCUGAUUGUUAUCGAAAACACCGAUUGUUAUUACAGUUGCUGGCUCAUAAACCUCCCAUGUGUACUGCUCAUUGAACCGCGGGUUUAAACAGUUCGUAACGGUUCGAGUCCUGACCCAUUUGGUUCCAUACUUAGCUACACAAUAAGCAUCCACCGUCUCCUUCUUCCCUUCUUGGCUCAAAUUCAAACCUUCAAUUCUCAAGAUUCCUAAUUCAAGAACACCAAAAGACGGUUGUUUAUGACUCAACAACUCUUUCAUCGACGGUCUGAAAUCGCUGCUGUAGUAAGUAGAUUCAUCAAGAACGUGGUAGCCUCCUUCUAGACAAACGUUUAGAUGAAGUCUCGUCGUCGCGAAUCUGACUCUUCUCUGGUUCUCAGUUUUAAGACUAAACCAACGGUUAGGCACUGUCCGGUUAUCGUCAAUCCGUUUAUCAAUUGUACCAAUCGGUAUAUGUACCUCUCCCAGCGUUUCCUCUCGGUUAGGUGCGACUCGGUCUUCAAUCGAGAUGAUCAGAUCUUCAAACGGUUCAGCCGCGACGAGAGUGAACUCUUCGUUCCAUCUUGGAUUCAGCGAGUGACUCGGUUUGGUUCGAACCACUUGGUUAUUCAACCGGAUUUUUACAUAUGGAUUUGGCAAUCGAGUCCGGUCUGGUACAAUAACUAAGUCUUGUGCCUCGAUGACAUUAACCCGGAGGUACCAAAGCCUUGGAGAAUGAUAGACUUUAGAACGCAAACUCGAUUUGUUAACAGCGUUUAAAGCGUCUGAGUAUGUCGCGUCUGAGAACGCUUCGUCGGCUUGAGUACCGAACCAAACAGCCAACAUAAUCUCGCCUCCUUUCUCGUUGUUGACUCUGUACCAUUCUGGAGCUAAAGGACUGUCUGGUGCGACACGUGUCGGAAUCUGAUUGAGAUCGAACCGGAUUAAACCGACGAAAUCGUCUUUGACCAUGUCUUUGUCCAUGACGAUGACUUCAAGAACGUUUGAUUGUUGAUUGGAUUUGGAGAAAGCGAAGACUUCGUUCCAAACCGGGUUUUGAUUCUUCUCAAAAUGUUUGGUUUUGCCGGUAUAGUUUCCGAGUUUGACUUCGAUGUAUGGAUCUAGACUUCCGGUUAAGUCCAUGGAUGGAAGAUUUCUAGCUUUCACGAUUUUGAUGAAGAGAAACUCCAUUGGCUCGACGAGAUCAUGAUCACUUGAUCUUGCUCGUUUGCCUCCUCCGAGAAUCGGUUUCGUCUCUUUGAUAGAAUAAUCCGGUGGAUUCGGAUUAAACCCCAUAGUUGUAGGUAUCGGAGUACCAAACCUCGGUGCUUGAUAGAGAGAAGACUCCAUCAUCGGUGGCGGUAGAGCCGUUUGCGAUUGAGGCGGAGGCGGUUGCGGUUGAAACGAUUGCUGAUUCCCUCGUGGGCUAUGGUUACUCUCAUUUGUGGGGAUGUUGUGAAAUUUGUGCCUUGAUUUAGAAGGAAUCUUCUUUGUAGAGAUUAGAUUCGGUACCUUGGGAGAGGGGUUAUCAGUGAGGAAAACUUUGAGAGCGAGCUCACCUCCAUUGGCGGCAGCGGAAGAGAACAUGCUCCAUUUCUCUUUCUCUAGAGGAUAAGGCAAUCCAACAGCUUCUGAGUACGGGAGAAACGCAGUUCCCAAUAUUCGAAUCUUACCUAGACAAGAUUUUGUUAUGCUGCUGGUUUUAUUGUAAACGUAAGCGUCAAGAAAUUGAUUUGAUAAAUCCUCUGUAUCAGAGAUGUUGAAGAAGAACUUCUCGUUCCACACCGGACUAGAGUCAUCGAUCUUAGUCAUAGUUAUGACUUUCUGAUCGUCAAAUCGUAGCUCGACGUAAGCGUUAACACCGCCAUAGUCCUCUCUAGGUUUGAGCCUUGCGCUUAUGACUUCAACGCCAAGUUUCAGAUUACUCAUCAUUUUUACUUAAAAAAUUUCUGAAGAAAACAGAGCAGAGGUUUUUGAAAGUUUC